GGCGGCUCGUCGAACUUAAAUUUCGGAUUUCCCAGGGUUCUCGUCUCUUUUCGCUCGAUCGAUUCUAUUCUAUGUCGGGUCCUCUGGAUCGAUUCGCCAGACCUUGCUUCGAAGGCUGUUCUAACAAUGACGAGAGAAGAGAGAGGAAGUCAGAUUUUGAAGCUUCAGAGGAUGAGAAGAGAACUAGAAUCGGUAACUUGAAGAAGAAAGCAGCGAAGGCUUCAAGCAAAUUCAGACAUUCGCUGAGGAAGAAAAGUAGGAGGACAACCAGUGAUCGUUCUCUUUCUCUUACCAUCGAAGAUGUACAUGAUGCCGAGGAGUUGCGAGCUGUGGAUGAGUUCAGACAAGCACUCAUCUCGGAUAAUUUGCUUCCUCCCAGACUGGAUGAUUAUCACAUGAUGUUGAGAUUUCUGAAAGCAAGGAAAUUUGAUCUUGGAAAAGCGAAGUUAAUGUGGGCCAAUAUGCUCCAGUGGAGAAGAGAUUUUGGUACAGAGACAAUUUUGGGGGAUUUUGAGUUUACUGAACUGGACGAAGUUCUCAAAUACUACCCUCAGGGCUAUCAUGGUGUUGAUAAGGAAGGAAGACCUGUUUACAUAGAAAGAUUAGGAAAAGUAGAGCCAAGCAAACUCAUGCAAGUCACCACUCUGGAACGAUAUGUGAGAUAUCAUGUUCAGGAGUUUGAGAAAACCGUUACUAUUAAGUUUCCAGCUUGCUGCAUUGCUGCAAAGAGACACAUUGACUCCAGCACAACAAUUCUAGAUGUUCAAGGCGUGGGUUUUAAAAACUUGACUAAGCCUGCUCGGGAUCUCAUAAUGCAUCUGCAAAAGAUUGAUAAUGAUAAUUACCCUGAGACACUUCGCCGUAUGUUCAUCAUCAAUGCUGGUUCUGGUUUUAAGAUGCUCUGGGGUUCCAUCAAAUCUUUUCUCGAUCCAAAAACGACCGCGAAGAUACAUGUCCUUGGUAGCAAGUACCAGAACAAAUUACUUGAGAUAAUUGAUGCAAGUCAGCUGCCAGAUUUUCUUGGCGGAACAUGCACUUGCACUGAUCAGGGUGGUUGUAUGAGAUCAGAUAAAGGGCCCUGGAAAGACCCUGAAAUAUUGAAGAUGGUUCGUAGUGGUGGGACGCUUUGUAGGCAUGCGAGUGCUAUCUCGAACAAUGACCCACAGGUAUCCUCGCUUGAUAAGUCAUCUUGUUCUCGGAUAAAAGUUAGUGACACUUCAACAGCGGAGUCAGGGUCUGAAAUGGAUGAGAUGGCUUCUCCGAAAGUAAACAAGAACAACCUUGUACCUAAGUUGACUCCUGUUACUGAAGAUAAUCGGGUCAAUGGAAGAUCAAGUCCUCAUUUUUCAGAGUAUGAGGAGUGUGUACCGAUGGUGGAUAAAGUUGUGGAUGUAUCUUGGGAGCCCCAUGGAAAGCCAAUUGCUUUAGAAGGUACAACUUCAACAUCUGGUUUGGAGAGUACAUGGAUGGUUAGUUAUAUAUGGAGGUGGCUAACCACAGUCUUCAUGACCUUGCUUACUCUCUUCGUGCCUCUGGCUCCACCAGAGACGAAAGGACAGUCUCAGUCCGAUUCUUCGAGCACUAGAGCUGACAUGGGUGAUGAACCAAUUGAAAAGGAGUCGCGCCCUCCAUCACCGGCUUACCCAACUAUCUCCGAAAGAGAUCUCCUUUCUUCUGUAGUGGUUCGACUAGGUAACCUCGAGAAAACAGUGGAAACCCUUCAUUCAAAGCGAUACACAAUGCCUCAUGAGAAAGAGGAACUGCUAAAUGCUGCUGUUUAUCGCGUGGAUGCACUAGAAGCCGAACUUAUUGCUACCAAAAAGGCGUUACAUGAGGCAUUGAUGAGGCAAGAAGAACUUCUGGCUUACAUAGACAGGCAGGAGGAAGCGAAAUACAAGAAGAAGAAGUUUUGCAUGUGAAGAGAAGUUGGGUAAUGAGGUAAGGCAAAGUGUUCGUUCCUUGCUUUGAGAAGUAAUUUAUGUUAUGGAUAGGUUUCUGUUUUUAUAGUUUGUUAGUUCGUACCCCACGGAAUGAUGGUAAACCCGUUAGGUCUCAUUAGCCAAAGGUUUCGUGCUUUUAGCAAGUGGAGGAGACUGUCUCGUGUUGAGAUUUACAUACGUGUGUGUGUAUACAUAUAUAUAUAUAUACAAUAAAACCAAUGCUUCGUGAUU